CGAGCGCGUCUCCAUACUGGUGAUACUUUUCAACUGCGUCACACUGGGCAUGUAUCAGCCGUGCGAGGACGAGAAGUGUGUCAAGCUGCGCUGUCGUGUACUGCAGAUCUUCGACGACAUCAUUUUCGUUUUCUUCGCCAUCGAAAUGCUGAUCAAAACUAUAGCGAUGGGCUUGCAUGGCAAAAAUACCUAUAUGGCUGAUUCUUGGAAUCGACUGGAUUUCUUUAUAGUUAUUGCUGGUCUCUUGGAAUACGUAACGAAUGUGGAAAAUUUGAACUUGACGGCGAUACGAACGAUAAGAGUGUUGCGUCCAUUGCGGGCAAUCAAUCGCAUACCAAGUAUGCGCAUUUUGGUCAUGUUGCUGCUGGACACGCUGCCUAUGCUCGGCAAUGUGCUGCUGCUCUGUUUCUUCGUCUUCUUCAUAUUCGGCAUUAUUGGCGUGCAACUGUGGCAGGGCAUAUUGCGUCAGCGUUGUUGGGUCUCCGAAAUGCCGGUCGUCACAUUUCCGGACCUACCUAAAGAGUACAGAGUUCGAGUCCGUGUUAACUCUGUCUCCAACUACUACGAAUUCUCCAAGGAGCAGGACUACAUAUGCUCGAAGCCCGAGGACUCUGGCAUGCAUUUAUGUGCGGACUUGCCACCCUAUCGUGUCGGCGACAUGAUUUGCACGGAAGCUGCAUCCCAAUAUGGUGACAAUCUACCGACAAACACCUCUUGCGUCAAUUGGAAUCAAUAUUAUACGGAUUGUCUGGGGAUUGGUCAAAAUCCAUUUCAAGGAACAAUAUCGUUCGAUAAUAUUGGCAUGGCAUGGGUGGCGAUAUUUUUGGUAAUAUCACUCGAAGGCUGGACGGAUAUUAUGUAUUACGUACAAGAUGCUGACAGCUUUUGGGAUUGGAUCUAUUUCGUACUUUUGAUUGUGAUUGGCUCCUUCUUCAUGAUCAACCUCUGUCUCGUCGUCAUUGCCACACAAUUUUCGGAGACGAAAAAGCGUGAAAUGGAACGCAUGCGACAGGAGCGCGCCCGCUAUACAUCCACCUCAACACUGGCGUCCAGCACUAACAAUUCAGAGCCGGCCACCUGCUAUGCGGAGAUUGUCAAAUAUAUAGCGCAUCUUUGGCGGCGUUUCAAGCGACGCAUGUUAAAGAAGUACAGAUUAUAUAAAUACCAAAAACAACAGCGCAACGAAGGUCUCCUACCGAACGCCGACAAUUUGACAUUCUCGCCGUCGCGCAUCAAAUGCCACCACCCGAAGUGCCCCAAGUAUGGCAAUCGCAAGCCGUCGAGUAUACAGGAUCAAAUGAUCACCGUUAUGGUGCCACUGAAUUCCAACAAUAAUAAUGUAAGCAACAGCAGCAACAACAAUAACAAUGGUGGCGCUGGCAGUGCUGCUGCUGUUGCCAAUGGCACUCGCAGUCAUGCAACAACAACAGCAACCAGCACAAUAUUAGCGCCGUCACCACCAACAGCAACAGUAGCAGCAACAACAGCAGCGGCGGUGGUGGCGUCAUCUACACUGGCGCUGCCAAUUAGUGGCACAACAACAACACCACUUAUAAAUGGCACUGCCAACACGGGCUUACCGCAUAGCAUCAAUAAUAAUAAUAUAAGUGUGGUCGGCCAGCAACAACAACAGCAACAAGCACAACAGCCGCAGCAACAACAACAACAUUCCUCUUCGGAGAACUCGGUGCAAUCAUUGGAGCAUGCGACGCGCAAUUCGAACCUAAAGAAGUCGUCAAAUCAUUUGACAUCGGAUGUGGCCAAACAGCAAGCGCAGUCGUUGGGGCAGGGUCAACAGUCGGCUGGGCAACAAAAAACAAUUUUACUGAAAUUUCCCUCCAAUGGUGAUUCGGAGCAAUUAAUUCUGCAGUUGGGAAACUUGGGCAAGAGCAACCCCUGCACCUCGGGCUUCCUCAGUCCACCCACAUCGGCUAGCCGUCGUCCAUCGGUGAUGUUCAACGAAUAUGUUCUGUUGCAUACACCGCCUGCAAUAAGCGAACCGUUAACUAUACCAAGUUCAACAAUAACCAAUGUGGCAGAGAAGAGCGGCACCGUGUGCUCGUCGGAGAAAAUGACGCAGGCUGGUGAUGGCAGCAUAUGGCAGGUUAAUCUCCCCCAAACGAUCAAUAGCGGCGGUAGCACAAUCGCCAACCCAUACGCCGAUUGCUCCGAACUCGGUAUACACGACGCGAUGACAUGUCAAGAGCUUUUAGCAUUUUCUGUGGCCUUUUCAGCGGCCCUACCCACCGGCCAGAGUACGUUGGAAUCGUUUUACACCUCAUUGGCGCGCUGUGAUCCACACACCGCUGAGGCGCUGAAGAACCAACACAAUCGCCAGCAAUCGCAAUUAAUAAAACAGCAACAGCAACAACAACAACAGUCAAACUCAAAGGUCAUUAGCGAUCGUCAGUGCAAACGUUUGGACAACAACAGCACUGCUUUGGCAGUUACGAGCAGCGCGGGCAACAACACCGCCAACACAACAACCGGCAACUACAUCGAAGACUACUCGUGUUGCUAUGAUUUAUACCAGAAUGCACUGUCACCGCUCGGCGAGAAGAAGCAACACUCGAAGCCGAUCAAGAUUGUGAUCAGCAUUUAUCGCUGCGUGAUGCACGUUUGCGGUGUGAUGCGUCGCUACAUAAAGUUGCUGGUGGAGCAUAAGUACUUUCAGCAGGGCAUACUGUUGGCUAUUCUCAUUAACACACUAUCUAUGGGUAUUGAGUACCACAAGCAGCCCGACUAUUUGACCGCCAUUGUGGAGAAGAGUAAUAUCGUGUUCUCGGCGAUAUUCGCUGUGGAGAUGUUGCUGAAAGUGGUGGCGGAAGGUUCAUUUCGUUAUAUUGCGAAUGGUUUCAAUGUGUUCGAUGGCGUCAUUGUGAUACUCAGCGUCAUUGAGAUUUUUCAACAAUUCCACAGUGGCAAUGGCAGUAGUGGUGGUGGCUCUGGCCUCUCCGUGCUGCGCACAUUCCGCCUAUUGCGCAUACUCAAGCUGGUGCGUUUCAUGCCCAAUUUGCGACGACAAUUAUUCGUUAUGCUGCGCACGAUGGACAAUGUAGCGGUAUUCUUCUCACUGCUCGUACUCUUCAUAUUCAUAUUCAGCAUAUUGGGCAUGUAUCUAUUUGGCGGUAAGUUUUGUAAAUUUGUGGACGAUACUGGACUCGAACGUGAAUGUCUGUGUACCGAAAUAAUCAACAAACAUCCACAAUGUGAAUGUGAUCGCAAACACUUCAACAACAUUUUAUGGGCCACUGUUACAGUCUUUCAAAUUCUAACGCAGGAGGAUUGGAAUGUCGUACUGUUCAAUGGCAUGGAAAAGACAAGUCAUUGGGCCGCAUUAUAUUUUGUGGCGCUGAUGACAUUCGGCAAUUAUGUGCUAUUUAAUUUAUUGGUCGCCAUUUUAGUUGAGGGAUUCAGUUCAGAGCGAAAUGAACGUCGCGAACGUGAACAACGUGAAUUGGUGAAAAAAUUGCGCGAAGAGACGUUGGCGGAGAAUUUCAGCGAUGCUAUGUACGAUGAAUCGCGUAGCAGUGAAGCCGAUUCAUCAUCGACUAAUGAAAGUUACUAUGAGGUACGAAAUCGGUGGCAUAGCGCCGAGGAUGUGCGAAAACUACAAGAUGCAACCGAGCUGAUUCUGGAAGCGAAAAGUAAUAUGCAAAAGCAACAACAUCAACGUAUGCUACUACAACCCACACAAGAUUAUCAAAUCAAUGAGAGUUAUUUGAGUGGUGUUGGUGGUGGAAGCAGUGGUUCGGGUAGCGGCAGUGGGCGUAAAUCCAGCGAUAAGGAUGGCAGUAGCAAAUUGUUGAUGGAGGAUGACAAGAAUAAGAAUUUAAAAAAGACAUAUUCCAUAAGAGAGCGUCGCGGCGAUGCACCACGCCUUUCACGUAUACGCCCAUUGCGUGAACCGCCCAUAAUUACUACGACCGCCGCAACGCCACAAGACUCGCCCAACACCACACUGGACGGCGGCAUGAGCUUUCGCACUUGGAAUCCGCAAGAAAUGGAGACCACGGACAGUGGGGCUAGCAAUCAGUGCCCGGGUACGCCGUCACUACUUAGACCACCGACCAUCUUCAGCGGCGGCCAACGCUCACUCGACGAGGGCAUACCGUCAAUUGAUCUUAUACCACCAUCACCCGUAUUAACGCACAAACCGUUGAAUAUACUAAACGCCAGCCAACUACAAGGAAGCAAUACUAAUCUAAGCAACUGUAAUUUAGUAUCUAACAGUAGUAGUUUACUCCCUAGUGCCCUAAGUAGCAAUAAUAGUAUGCAUAGUGUUGUCAUAGAUGAUAUUUCAAAAAAUUCCGAUGCUAGCGCCUCGGGUCCUAUUUUUGUGCCAACAACCAUCUCGACAGUGUCCACACCCAGCAUGUCACUACCGGCUGGUAUAGUCGCAGGCCCCGGCGCUGGUUCUACAAAUGGCGGUGCUGGCGGUUGUGGUGGCGGCAACGCAGUGAGCAGCAUCGAAAUAUCGCCACUGAAUUCCGCCGUUGUCGCUACCACAGGUGCUAUAUCCUUAACGUCGACAGCUACUACUACAGCAGCGUUAGUAACGCCCCCAAAUGCCUCACAAGCCAGCAGCAUUGAAACGCCGCCCACACUGCCGUCAACCAACGCUUCAGCGACAAUCAGCACAACGCUGUCCGGCAUGCAACGUAUACCGAGCUUAAAGCGUUUCAGACGUAACAGUUCGAAGCGUAAGAAGAAGCCUGCCGAAACCGGCAGUGGCGCCGAAGAUGACGAACAACAGCAGCUAAACAAUGGCAGUGACAACUCCUGUCUACUGGCUCCACAUAGCAAUGGCGGCGGCGGCGGCGGCGGCGGCACCAUGCGUUCGGAUGCAUUUCUCAGUCCGUCGCGUACGCCGUCUGCGAGCGGCGCGACACUAACAGCCAACAAUCAGACGAAUCAGCAAAAGACGAAAGAUACAAAUCGACUUAGUCCACAAAACUCAAUACGUCGUCUCUCCACAACACUUAGUAUUGGCAGCAUACCGCCGUUGGGUAGCCGUCGUGCCUCUGCGUGCAUCUUUAACUCGCAGCUAUAUCAAAACCUGAACCAACCGCCCAAAUUGUAUGCGCCCUCAGCUGCACACCGGCGUAUGUCGUCAUUCGAGUUGGCCUUUAGCAAGAGUUCACAAUUAAAUUUGCAUAAUUUGGAGGCGAAUCGCAAGUCAAUGUCGUACACGAACUCCAAACUCGAUUUGGAUAAAUGGCAGAAUUCCUAUAUGAAUCUGCCGGAGCCGGAUAUGUUGCAACAAUAUAUACAGGAGCGUGAGAAGCGUAAGGGUUCUAUUAGUCACUAUUCGCGACAGCAGCAACCGCAGCACAAGCAACAAAAAGAAAGCGAGCUUGAAGAUCCACAAUAUUUAAGCGCUGAGCAACAUUCGCGUAUGCAGAACUCUGGUCAUAUGAGUAAGCUAAAAAUGCUGAUCGAACGCUUAAAACCGACAAACCUCACAGAACAAAGAGAGUCAUACUCGCUGUACAUAUUCGCGGAAGACAAUAGGUUCCGUGAGCUGUGUACGUGGUUUGUCGAACAGAAAUGGUUCGACAAUGUUGUCCUGCUGUUUAUCGCACUCAAUUGUAUUACAUUGGCUAUGGAACGACCAAAUAUACCGCCAACGAGUCACGAACGUUUAUUCCUUGCCACAGCCAACAACGUGUUCACAGCCAUUUUUACAGUGGAAAUGCUCAUUAAGGUCGUUUCGACAGGCAUGUUUUAUGGAACCGAUGCAUAUUUCACAUCCGGCUGGAAUAUUAUGGAUGGCUCAUUGGUUACAAUAUCAAUCAUUGAUUUAUUAAUGUCAUUGUUUAGCCAAUCGAGUUCUAAGAUAUUUGGGAUUUUAAGGGUGUUUCGACUACUUCGUUCCCUACGGCCGCUGCGAGUGAUCAACCGCGCCCCGGGUCUGAAAUUAGUCGUGCAAACGCUCUUAUCGUCCCUACGACCCAUCGGCAACAUCGUGCUGAUCUGCUGUACAUUUUUCAUCAUAUUCGGCAUAUUGGGCGUGCAACUCUUCAAGGGCACCUUCUACUACUGCGAGGGCGAGAAUAUAAAAACGGUACGCACGAAAAUGGACUGCUAUGAACAAGGGUAUGAGUGGAAGAAUCGCAAAUACAACUUUGAUGAUCUUGGCAAUGCGUUAAUGUCAUUGUUCGUAUUGAGCUCACGUGACGGUUGGGUAAAUAUCAUGUAUACCGGUUUGGAUGCUGUGGGCGAGGACAUGCAACCAAUUGUCAAUUACAAUGAAUGGCGUCUACUUUAUUUUAUUGCAUUUAUUUUGCUCGUCGGUUUCUUUGUGCUCAACAUGUUUGUCGGCGUGGUGGUUGAGAAUUUCCAUCGUUGUCGUGAGGAGCAGGAGAAGGAGGAGAAAAUUCGACGCGCCGCUAAGCGCGCUUUGCAAAUGGAAAAGAAACGCAGACGUAUGCACGAACCACCUUACUAUAUAAACUAUUCACCGACACGCAUGUUCGUUCAUAAUGUUGUAACAUCGAAAUACUUCGAUUUGGCUAUAGCCGCUGUGAUCGGUCUCAAUGUAGUCACCAUGGCGAUGGAGUAUUAUGGUAUGCCGGGUGUACUGAUAUAUACGCUGAAGGUUUUCAACUAUUUUUUCACGGCUGUCUUCAUAUUGGAAGCGAGCAUGAAAGUGUUGGCGCUUGGCUGGCCGCUGUACCUAAAGGAUCGAUGGAAUCAACUCGACGUGGGAAUUGUGUUGUUGUCGGUAUUCGGCAUUAUACUGGAGGACUGGCGUACACAGAAAUUUCCAAUUAAUCCGACGAUAAUACGCGUAAUGCGUGUAUUGCGUAUUGCGCGUGUGCUGAAACUACUAAAAAUGGCUAAGGGUAUGCGUGCGCUGCUCGACACCGUGAUGCAGGCUUUGCCGCAAGUCGGCAAUCUGGGCCUGCUCUUCUUUUUGCUCUUCUUUAUUUUCGCCGCCCUUGGCGUGGAAUUGUUCGGUCGCCUAGAAUGCUCCGAACGUAAUCCAUGUCAGGGCUUAGGCGAACAUGCACAUUUCGCCAAUUUCGGGAUGGCUUUCCUCACAUUGUUUCGCGUAGCGACUGGCGACAACUGGAACGGGAUCAUGAAGGAUACACUGCGAGAGGACUGUGAUGAUGCGGAUGAUUGCGUGCGCGAUUGUUGCGUUAGCCGGGUCAUAGCUCCAAUAUUCUUUGUGAUAUUCGUUCUAAUGGCGCAGUUCGUAUUGGUGAAUGUCGUCGUGGCUGUACUGAUGAAACACCUCGAGGAGAGCCACAAACAGAUGGAAGACGAAAUGGACAUGGAAGUAGAGCUAGAGCGUGAACUUGUGCGCGAGCAGGAGUUUGAGAGCGAACAGAAGCUGUGCCAACAGUUGGAACAGCAGACGCAACCGCCGCCACCAGCACGCCAGCUGAACAAGAUCAAAUCGUUGCCGAAGAACUUUACCUACAGCACGCCAUCGCUGGAUAAGAAAUUCCCAAGCGUGUUGAGCGGCAUUGGCAUCGGUGGUGUUAGAGCUGCCGGCAUUGCUGGCCGCCGUCAGACCGUGCAAUACAUCAAUCAGCCGAAUAGCAUUGGUUUGGCCGAACUGGGACGCGGCACACAAAUUGGCGCCGGUGUAGGUGCUGCUGUUGGCAGCAGUGUUGCGGCUGGUGGUAGCGGUGGUGUUGGCGCAAGUGGUGCACUACUCGCACCGCAAGCGCUCAAUGCGCGUCUUAACGCAUCAGCUGCGGAGAACAGCUUCGAUACAAAACUCCAACUUCAACCGACCGCCGGUGCACUGGGACGGCGCGGCCGUCGCAGUUCGACCGCGUUCCGAAGUAAACGCGGCCUGCUCGCCAAAGAGCGCUCUCUCGAUGAGCAGGCCAUACGUCGACGUACGCUCGAAUCAAAGCGUAUGAGUUGCGACUCGCUGCCAUGGGGCGGCGAUACCAACGAUUAUCGGCGUGGCACUAUUUUCGAAAGUCUUGAAUCGGAUGGCGGCGGUAGCCCCUCCUCUACAUAUGAUGUGCGUAGUAUACGCAGCGAAGACGUGGCUGCGACAGCAAAUGCUACAGCACGCAAUAGUGGCGCCUCCGAUGCGCUGAGCAUUGUGAGCGCCAGCGUGAUCAGCGAAAAGAUCACAACACCUAUAACAACACCCUUAUCAACAAGUGUGGCAAUGGCUGCAUUGCCGAGCGCUGGCGUAACAGCCAGCGCAACGGCGCCACGUCGCGCCUACGGACGUUCACUCUCUACAGACCAAGCCUACGCGUCUAGUGUUGGCGGUUCGAGUAGCGGACGCGGCGGCUUACUGUCCGUGCCGCGUAGCAUGCCACCACGCAGCCGUAGUGGCAGCACAAAACAAUUAUUCAAGCAACAAGCACUCGACGAAGAUCCCGAUAUGGAUGAGAAUACCCUACUAUUGCCCAUUGUGGUCGAGAGCAGCUGUGAUGGCAAUGCGACCAACAGCAGCAAUGGCAUCACAACUGCCAAUGGCAAUGGUAAUGGCAAUAUGCACAACACUAAUGACAAACUUAACAAUAAUAGCUGUAGCAGCGCUAAUAAUCGCAUUGCCACCGCCAAUGGCAAUGGCGCUACAGCUGCGGUCGUGGAACAGCUUGCUUUAAGCAAAUCUGACUCGGCCGAUAUAAUGCGCAUCAUUUCGGAGCGCAGACGCAUGGAUCAGCGUGACAAUAGCGGCAAUGAGGAUUCAGACUACAAAGAAUUGCUGCUGGUGAAGUCACCGCACUCCUCCACUGAUGGCUAAAUGGAAUUAAAUACUAUAAGCUAGAAGGUAGUGUGCUAGAUUAAGUUAAUAUUUAUGUGCUAAGUAAAUGGAAUUUUAGUAGUUAGCUAUAUAUAGUGGUCCUAGAGAGUAGGUAUGCGCAAGAAUUGAAAUAUUUACGUGCUAAGUUGUAUAUAUACCUAUAGAUAUGUACUCUAAGUGCAACAUUUGUUGUAAACGACAGUAGUUCGUUUGUAGAAGUCUGCAUUUCCAGUGCAAAAAUUAUACUUGAGAACCAAAACGUGUCGCAAAGGCUUAGAUGUGAGUUAGUGAACUUCUUAAACACGCUUUUCGGCCACAAAACAAGAAAGUUUAACCUAAACUUCAAUACGAAAAUCUCGUGCUUUGUCAGCAACAUUAACUCGAACACAGCGUAGUGUGUGACCAGCUUAAGUUUUUUACUUUACUUCUAAAUACAACUGAAAUUUUCAGAAUGUUCGCCUUUAAAACUUUUGAAAACAUGCCACUACUGAUUUCUCAGAAAGCCGUUAGCCUUUGCGAGAAACAAAUCAGUGAUUUCAGUUCCACACCAAUUAUAACUUGAUUACGCUAUAUUAUUUCAAAUAUGUUCAACAUGCACAGCAUAAAUGUAGUAGUUUAAAGCUAAAAUUCGCCUUUUUCACUUUCUAAAAAAAAAUUUACUUAUUUUUCGCUACCGCCCCUUAAACAUAUACAUAUUUGUAUAAAAAGCAAAACAAAGCAGGUUUUGUUGAAUUUAGCAAAAUUCAACACCAUUCACCAUUUGUUAUCACUUAGCCGAGAAGUAAACCGGCGCUUCAAUUGCUUUUAGUACACUUGAAAAAAUAUUUCUGCUUUUACAAAUAUUUUCGACUUAAUGCAAAUUUCGUGCAAUGACCUUAUGGAUCACUAUCGCGCUGAAUUUUUCGGUUAAUCCUUUACUGCAUAGAACUCUGAAGUAAUUAAAGUAGGCCUGUGCCAACUUUUAGGGAAUUUUCUUAGCUACACUACUAACUGUAUUUACUUCUAGCACAAAAUUUUUAAAAAAUAAUUUUUCUGUAAUAAAAUUUUCAACGAAAAAUAGUAAAUGAAGAACUUAAAAAAGUAAAGCAAAAAGUAAUAAAAAAUUGAUUUUAAGUAAAAUGUGCAAAAAAUAUGUUUGUAUGUAUGAACAGAUGGCAUAAACUUUAAACUGCUGCAGUUGUUAACAAGCAAUUUUUGAAAUAGAAAACAACAAAAACAAUUGUUUCAUAUUACAGUUAUGUAAAUGCAACACUGUAAAAGUUGCAAAUGUGUCUCUAAAAAUCAUCAACUCUGUGAUUAGCUGUAAAAAAAUAUUGAUUAAAAAUCAUAGCUCAAAGAUUUUGAGUAGAAUUAGUAUAAUAAAUAUACAUAUGUAGUUACAAAUUAAUAUUAAUUAAGUUCAGUUAUAUGUAUAUAAACGUAACUAUUAAUAUAAUGCAGGCAAUUAUUGCAAAAUUAUAUUAGUAGGAGGAAUUAUAUAAAAAGGUAUAACGCCGAUUGGCGCAAAAGUUGGCAAUACUUGAGCGCAUAACCUUCCUAAACACAACUAAUGGUGCAGAUUGUGCAAAGAUUGCAUAAAUUAAAUGAAAAAAUAUGUAAAAAUAAAGAAAUUAAUUAAUAUGUUUAACAACUAAGUUUAGUUAGCGUUAAAAGAAAAUGUAGCGUUAAUGAAAUGAACAAAAGUCUUGUAAAAACACUUGGCACACAGAGCUGACGCGUUACUAUAAAAUUUAUUUUGAAAACUAGCAUAAUUUAGCAUUAAUUAUGGUGUAGUACUAAAAACAUGAAAUAUUGUUUGUAAAUAAAUGCAAUAUUAGCGAUAAGCGAUAAACGAUUAACGAUUAAAGUAAAACGAUAUGACACACACAACAGUUAUGAAGAAGUAAAUAAUAUGAGCAAAAAGUAUGUAUACUAUGAAAACUUUCCUAAAACAAAACUUAAAAUAACUUUAAAUUUAAGAAUAAAAAAAAAUUAAAACUUGAUAAAUAUGUACAUUAUAAAAAGAAAUGAAAAAGUUGUAGCGCAUUUCUUCUCCCUGAAACGUCUUCCUCAUCUUUAAGCAAAAGUGAAAUACAAAAAAUAUAUAAUAUAUAGAAAUGUAUUAUUGCCAGGUAGAGCAAAUACUAUUAAAAAUUUAGUAACUGUAUAAAUAAAAUUGUUUGAAAAUUAGUGAACUUGUGUAGCAUUUACUCAUAAGUUGUACUAAUAUUUGUAAAAUAGAACUUGUUAUGCGCCAAUAAAUACAGAUUUAGUACUAUUUCGUUGAAAACUAAAAAUAAAAAAUAUGUAUGUAAAUGAAGAUUUAGUAAUAUUUCAAUAUAUAAACUGCAAUAGUAAAAACUAUAAUAAUAAAAAAAAUCAUGGAAAAAAAUUAUAAAAAAGUACACAAAACAUGCUAUUGUUAUACGAAAAUAUUUAAAUAAACACAGAUUUUCAACAAAUGACAAUCCGAACACACUGCUUUUUAUUUUUAUUGUUAUUGUUUUGUGGUUUGUUUAAUCGAUAUUUAUCAUACACACUUUUAAACUUUUUUUUCAGAACUCAUGUAUAUAUAUUUUUUUUUGGAAAUCACUUAAAUUUUGUUUAAAAUAUUUUAAGUUGAAAAAAGUACAUUUUAAUUUAAUAGUUGAAAUAUUUUCUGCAGAUACUACACACAAAAGAACAGGAAAUUAAAUUAAAUAAUAAUGACUGUAGGUAAGGUAAUUAAGUUCCAAAAAUAUUUUUUUUUUGUUAAUAUUUUUCACACAAAAUGUAUGUAUUUUUUGUAUUUAUAAAGGACAACAACAACAUCGUUUGAAGUUCCAAUUAGUGCAAUAAUAGCGAUAACUCAACUAAUCGAUUUAAUAAUAAUUUUAUGUUCAAAGCAGUUCUGUGACAACAAAUACUUGAUAAAUAUAUAAUAUAAAUUUAUGAUACAUACACGUAUGCAUGUGAGCAUUAGAAAUGGAAAAAUGUAUGUUAUGGAUUAUAACUUAUUUUUCAAACUAUUGUAUUUACAUUGAGUGUUUUGUAAAAAAAAAAAUCAUGACCUUCAAAAUCGAAUUCAUACAUAUAGGACUUGGAAAGAUUAUACGCAAAAACGAACUAGAGAACGAAAGACCAGUAUUAAUACGGUUGAGAGAGCUUAAAUAUUAGUGGACUCCAUAGGUUCCUACUCUUGAGUUCAAACGGUAGCCAUACAUAUCUAAACAUUGCUCACUUAAAAUAAGAAAAUCUUUGAAAAUUAUUAUCAAGCAACCUUGACAAAUGUCCAACAAUACAAAUUAAAUAUUUUUAAAUUAUUUUUUACCUGGUAUUUCUACAACGCUUUGCCUUUUUCCUUGAGAAAUUUAAAAUUUUCACCAAAUUUUUUUACUAACUACGAUUUUUUUUUUUUUUAUUUCACUUUUUCUUAUUUGCACACACACACACACUAUUUUAUUUUAUUUUUUAAUUUUUUUUUUUAUUUCAUAUUUUUUUUAACAUCCUUUAUUUCAUUUAUAUAUAUAUACAUAUUUUUAUUUUUAUUUGAUAUUUUACCUCUUUUCUUUUACUUCCUAUAUUUUUAACAUUUUCCAAAAUGCACACACACUAUUUACUUUUUAUCACAUACAGACACAUUUAUUUUUAUUAACACACCAUUUCCGAUUUAUUAUUUUGCAUUAUUUUUUGCAUAAGCGCGCACAAUAAAAAAGUUUUA